CAAACUCUUAAAUAAAUGAAGUUAACCAUAUCAAAACCAAGUAAAAGUUUGGUAGAAAGCAGUUUGACUCAAAAACAAUGUGCGGCUGCACGCUCAUUGUCGCUGGUAAUUAGCAGAAGUGCCAUCACCUGGAAGUAUAAGAGGCAGCGUCUGUCUGAGGAAAGUGAACUGCUCAGUGGUGCCCAGAUGUCUUCCAGGUUUGGUCAGAGGAGGGCUGGAAGACGCCAGGAGUACUCAGACUCCUUUCUGCUGAGGGACCCCAGCCCCAACCCUCUGACUGAGCUCUCUCACAGCGCCUCCUGGUGGGCUGACAGGGAGGAGCACAGGGACCAAAGAGACUCACUCAGGGAGCAACUCAAAGAAAGUGAUGAGCAUGUGGCCAGGCUUCAGGACAUGCUGAGAUGUGAACGGGCCAAAUGCACCCGCCUGCAGCUGCGGUGUAACCAGCAGGACGCAGAGCUGAGGCGUCGAGAGCAGCACAGCAACAGACUGAAGGAGCGACUGUCACAGCUGACUGACAGACACAGAGAGAAAGGACCCUCCAUCGAGGUGCUGAACUUUCCACCUGGAGUUCGAGGCAAAAGAGAACAGCCAAGCAAAUCAUUCAGGCCUAGUGCAAAGAGAGAGGAGGCAACACUACGUCUGAUGUUGGAGCGCAGAGAAGCAGAGCUCAGAGAGGCGAUGAAGCUGCGCCACAGCCUCACCACUUUACUCCAUGCACUCAGAGUCGACAUGGAGCAGACCUUGUCAGACACUGUGGAUGUUGAGGAUGAGGCCCAAAAUGAAGACAAAAGGUUGGAUGAAGCUGAGGUGGCGCUUGGUGACCAUGUGACAGGAGGUGUGGUUCAGAGUUGGAAACUGGUGCAGAGGAGACUGGGUGACGUCUUAUCUGAAGGCCACACUGUUGGUACUGACCAUGACAAGCUUCUGGCUCAACUAGAAACCGAACUGAAGGCGAGUCAACAGCUUGUCAAACUACAACAGCAACUGCUGCAGGAUAGCGUCGCAUCACCUGUCCCCUCUGAGCUGGCUGAUUCCUAUUUUUUGGAAGAGUGGGAGCGUCUUCAGGUGCGCUGGGCAGAGCUCGAUCAUCAGAGGCGGACUUUUGAAAGGGAGAGGCAGUCCUUCACUGAUGCUGCAAUACGACUGAGCCAUGAGCGUCGUGAUUUUGAGCAACAGAAGGCUUUUCUCCUGAAGCAGCAGUAUCUAUGUGACUCACCUCAAUUUGAUAAAGAAGCACAAAGCAGCAACAGACAAGAGAGCACUGCCCUCAAUUUCUCAGGUUUGGGGCCCAACAACAUCUCUGGCUGUCUUCCCAUUACUCCAUCGUCUACUGAGUCGGGGCCCGCUGCUGUUUCAGGAUUACAUCAGGGAGGAGUCAGAGUUCAAACCCCCAGCACUCCUGAGCUCUACUCUGCCCUCAACCUGUCAUACAACUGUCGGUUAGUGAAGACCAGAUUUUAUAGCAGAGAUGGUGAUCACCAGUCAGAGACAUGGGGUGUCGGAACAGACAGGAUGGUGCACCCACCUCAAGCUCCACACUUGGACUGGUCAUUUUAAUACCAUUUUUGAUGAUAGAUGGUGAUUAAAAACGAUCUUCCUGUUUGUUUGUUUUUGGUUUAAGUAAUAGACUAUUUUUAUCUGCUUUUAUUUUCCCACUUUGACGUGAUGCUAUUAAAUACAAUAAAAUUGAUUUUUGGCUUGUUAUGAACUAAUACUGCCAAUAAAUAAGCUGUCUUAUUAUGA